UAAUCAGGAUAUUGGAUAUUGGAUCUCCAAAAGAGACGAACUCCAGUAUUGUUGCGGCAAUCGAUAUGACAGUUUGUGCUAGACUCUGCCAGAUAUAUCUGAAACUGUCCUAAAACAAGAAGAAGCUUUACCAUAAGAAUCGUAGGGUUUCUACUGCAAGAUAUUGGAUAUAUACACGGACUGGUAAACGAAAACGAAAAUAACUUAUGAGAGCACAAAAACGAAUAAUGCGGUACAUUUUAAAGGUGAAGCGCAGGAUGCCAGAAUUACAUAUUCCCUAUUGAGAUGCGAUACGUGAGACGGUAAUUCUGACUGUUUGUGUCAUUUGAUAAUCAGUUUACCACUGUAGUAACUUAGCAGUUUGGCCGACAGCGUCUAUACAGUUGAAUUGAUGAAUUAGAGAGAGAGAGAAAAAAGAAAUAAUUCUAUGUCAGACUCUGAUUCUACAUUUGUAGCAGCAGAUGAUUUUGGUUCAAGGUUUCUAGAAUUUGAUGAAUACACUUACGAAAAACCCGAUGAUAUUGAGAACGAUGGCUUUGCUCCAUUUUUACCCUAUUUCCAUCCACAAGUUGUUCAGAAAAGUCCUUCUCCAGAUAGUCAAUCCACAAGGCCAAGUACACGUAAAAGAGGAACAAUCAAAACUGGAAAUAAGGCAGCUGAAUUCAUUGCCGCUGAAAAUGUGAACUCCGAUUCGAGUAAUGAAGAAGAAGAAGACUCGGAUGAAGAAGAGGAAAUCUACUCCUCAAGAUAUCUUAAACAACCAUUAACUGCACGACAGAUAAGCUUACACUCACAAAAAUAUACCGAUUCAGCUAGUGUUAAAACUUUAAGCCAAUCGGAUGAUUCUCAAUCGAAUCCGGUGAAGUCAUCGACUGAUUUAACACAGGAACAAAUUGCUGCUCGUCAAAAGAAGAUAGAUCAACGUAAAGAGACAGCAAAACUCAAGGUAGAAACAGAAAAACGUCAACUAGUUGAACGUUUGUUAAAGAUUAGCUCCAAUGGAAUAAGCGGACGUGGUCGAGGCCGAGGUAGACGACUACAAACCAAUGACUCACCUACAAGAGAAGAUCAUGACGAUAGUGUACUUGCUUCACAACAACAAUCAGAUAACGAAAUGUGUGUAGAGUCUACAGAGAUAAAUAGUAGUGAAGGGAUCACACCGCCACCACCACUACCAACACCAAUGGCUGAAGACAAAUCAGAAUGCAUUUCAAUGCCCGAUGGUGGUGGGGGCUCGCACUUGCAUCAUCAUCCAUCUAAUCCAAACUAUAUACGUUUCAUUUCCUCCUCUCGUCUAACCGAGUCAACUGUUAUUUGUCUACCUGCAACACACGACUAUUUCCAUGCGAAUUUUAACAAGCCUACCAAUGCUACUAAUGAAACACCAAAGCCACGUAUGUGUGAUAUGGGAUGCGGUUGUGUUAGACGUUAUGAAUGUCCAAAAACUGGACGUUCUUUAUGCAGUCUAUCGUGUUAUAAAGCCAACUUGGCUCAAUCUCAAACAUCACCGUCAAAGAUUGUUUCAACAUAGUGUGUGUGUGAGUGUAUGUGCAAUUCAUCUUAGACGUCUGUGUUGUAUUUAUAGAAUAAUUAUAAAUUUUAUACUGA